AUGACGCAGUCACAGACGCUUGUGUCGCAGCCGUCGCCUGCCGAGCUGGCAAAGCAUCUCCAGCAGCGUGUAACUAUGUUCCAUGCUGGGGAGGAGCUGUAUUCCGGCGCGUGGCUCGCAGACUUCCAGAAGUCCGGGCUGACCGCAUGGCAGAUCUGCAUCGACAAGCUCCAAAUGGGGCCUCUGAAGAGCUGCGACGAGGAGCUGCUGCAGGCCUUCUGCGCCCAGACGCUGGCGCGGCUCUCGCGCGCCUUUCCCAGCUGGUUCGCGGACGUCCAGUCGCGCGGAAUCGCCAGGGAUUGCUUGGAGUCGCUUCUCGCAGUGCACGCCAAUGGCCAGGGCCUCGUCUGGAAGCAGCUGGCUUUGGCCCUGGCCUGUGCGGAGCUGUGGCUGGGCACCUGGGCUGCAGCCGCCUCGCUGAACUCCAGCCUGCCCGCGACGGUGCGGCGCGAGCUUCUGGUGCUGCCGGCGGAGCUGCUCUUCGACGCCAAGGCGCUGCCGCUGACGGACCGGAACUUGCGGCAGGGCGCGGCCGCCUCGCUCUUUCGCUCCUGCGACGCCGUCUUCGGCUUCCUGUUGGGGGAAAGCUCCGACAGCCAGGACCUGCGAAUCCUGGGAGCCUGGCUCAGAGCCGUGCGCAAGGCGCAGCUCUGGCUGCCCACCGGCGACGCGGCGGCGCCGCUGAGGUCCCUGGCGCAGCACCUGGAGCCCCUCCGCGAGGCUGCUCGCGCCGCCAAGUCGGAGGGCGCGGAGGUGGCGCAGCAGCUCGCGAAGUGGCGCGGCGCCCCGCAUGAGGCGGCGGCAUUGUUGGGGCCACUCUGCGGCAGCCUCUUCGAGGGCGACAGCUCCAUGGAGUUGGAGCAUCAGGAUUCCCACAGGUGGCUGCUGCCUCUCUUGGUGGACCUCGCUGAAGAUUUCUGGCCGAGAGCCGCCGUCGGCGAACUCGACCUCGACUGGGAGCUCAUUGCGAGGCAGGCCUUUGCCUUGCUUGGCGAGGCUGCGAAGGCUUGGGACGGAACUCAUUGUGUGGAGGAGUUUGACGAUGUUGAGACCACCAUCUCCGUUUGGCAAGCCUUCGCCGAGACGCUCCAUGCCGCCGUGCGUGCGGCAGACUCCUUCAGCUCCUAUGAAGCUGGGCAGGUGGCUACCUUCCAGCCCCCACCCGAGAAGCGGAGCCGCCGUGCCCACGACCGCUGGCAGCUGCCCCGGCAACGCCUGGCGGAGGCCGGCAGCAUCGGCACACUUUUCUCGCUCCUGCUCCAGACCUUGCUGGACUGCAUGCGCCUGCCCGAACUUCCCGAAGACGAGGAGGCGCUGGGGAUGCUGCAGCGCGCACGCCAGGAGGUCGAGGCGGCGAUGCGGCCCUGGGCCGCGCUUCUGACCAACUCCGAGACGUGGAUUGCCGAGCUAUGGGAGCCGCUGAGGAGAGUGGAGGAGCUACUCUCUGGAGUUAAUGAGGAGGAGGGUGACUUCCUGUCUUUCGAGGUGGCGAGAGACAUCGAAGUCGUCAUCUGGUUCUUCGGAGCUUUCUGCUCAAGUCUCCCUGACGGACAGCCAAGCCGCGUGGCCGCGGAAGCUGCUUCCCGGGCGAUAUCCAGCAUUGCCCCGCAGUUGGCACACUUGGACGCGGCUCUGCCCCCGUGGCGGGCUUUGCUCUGGUCUUCCGCCUGCACCUUGGCUUCGGCGGUGAACGCCAAGAUGCCCGAAGGGAGUGAGCCGCUGCUGCUGGAGUGGAUGCUCGCGCGGCCCCCGAGCGAGGCAGGCGCUCCGACUAUGCUCGAGCUCACGGAGCUGCCCUACGCACGGGCCAUCGAGGCCGCGUGCAGGCGCCUGCCCUCCGGCUCCGCGGAUCCGCAGAUCGGCGAGAAGCUCUUCAUGCUGGCCUUCGCAUCCUGGAACCCUUCCUCCUCCGUGGAGGAGAGGCAUCUCGAGGUUCCUUGGGUGCCGAUUCGGUGUUUAGGGUUUAGUUUUUAG